AAUGUUUGUUAAAAUGUGAAGUAAAAUAUAUAUUUUUACUUAGAAAUAAAAACUAUUCAAUUGGAGUUUUGGUUUUUUAGAUUUUUGUUGUUGUUGUUGUUUUGUUUUGUUUUGUUUUUUGUAUUUGAAGCCGAACUCAUGCUAUUUUUAUUAAGGCAGAACUUUCGUGUGAAUAAAAUUUUUGUGAUUGUUUUAGUUGAAUUUACAUGAAAUUACAUAUACAGUGUAAUGUUGUUUGAAAAAGUGCUUUUCAGUUUAUGUGUAGGUUCUGUGCAUAGGACAUACUGUGUAACUUCUGUCCUCAGGACAGAAGGCAGGGCUUCCGUCUUCCUGGCUGCAGUUCUAGUGGCAAAUGCAUAGAAAGGUGCAACAGCUGUCGUUAUUAUUUAAAAAAAGUAGUAAUGUAAUUUCAUGCCUGUGUUUAAUUAAAUAAGUAUUUUUUUCCAAAGGAACGAGGAAAGGCAAAAGAGAGUAACAUUGUCUCCUUCUGCUGCUUCUUUAGCCUCUUUUCUACAUAUUAUUGUGUAUUUCCUGCUUUCCUGAGCAUGCUUUUCCAUCUUCAAGUUCCUUUCUCCAAUACACAAGCUGAAAAACAUAGAAUAACCUAGGUUUGAUGGGACCGCUGCAGGUUACCUCAUCUAAUCCCUGGUUUGACGUAGCAUCAAACAUCAAAGUAGGAUCAUGUUCCUUGGGACGGAGCCUCUCUGCCUCUUUUUUCAUUCACCUACUUUUUGCCAUUUUUUCUGUGUUACUGGCUUUGCAAGAAAUACGAUUUUGAAAACUUCUUCGUUGUCUGAAAGUUCUUAUUUGUUGAUGGUAAUCUGAAAGUGAAUCGGAAGAGCAGUAUUGUUUGGAUCAGAAACUUCUGAUGUUAGAACUGGCCACAUUCUUUGGUCAUCACUACUAGCAUAUUGUGUUUAAUUGAUUUUUCACAUACUGCCUUCUCUGUUUUCUUCUCACUUGUAAAUCCAAAACAAUUGGUCUUAAAUAUGCAUUAGAUUUUCCUGUUGUACUGGUUUUGGCUGGGAUACAGUUCAUUUUCUUCGUGGUACAUGUUCUGGUGCUAUGUUUUGGGAUUGUGCUGCAAACAGUGCUGUUGACACAGGGAUGUUUAGUUACUGCUGAGCAGAGUUUACACAGGGCCAAGGCCUUUUCUGCUUCUCAGACUGCCCCGCCAGUGAGUAGGGUGGAGGUGCACAAGAAGUUUGGAGGGGACACAGCCAGGACAGCUGACCCCAACUGACCAAAAAUAUCCCAGACCAUGUGACAUUGUGCUCAUCAGUGAAAGCAGGGGGAAGAAGAAGGGGCGACAUUUAGAGACAUGGCGAUUGUCUUUCCAAGUUACUGUUAUGCACGAUGAAGCCCUGCUGUCCUGGAGAUGGCUGAACACCUACCUGUCGUUGGGAGGUAGUGAAUGAAUUCCUUAUUUUGCUGUGCUCAUAUGCACAGCUUUUGCUUUACUUACUAAACUGUCUUUAUAUCAAUGCAUGAGUUUUCUUACUUUUACCUUCAGAUUCUUCCCCCAUCCCAUCAUGGGGAACAAAGCAAGUGGCUGUGAGGGACUUCAUUGCUGACUGAAGUUAAACCGUGACAGUCCUUUCUGGCACCCAUCAUGGGACUAUAGUCCCUGGCUGUGCUUAUUUUUUCGCGUUGUCCUCUCCAGACUGGCCUAAGUGCUAUGGCAUGAGCUAUCUUCCAGAAGACUAAUGUGCCAGGCCAUCGCACCCACCCAAUCCAGUAAACCCAGUUGUGCCUUUCCUCCUCCUGGCCAAAAGGCAGGGCCCCUUUGUUCCUGGUCAGAGUAUUCAUUACUUGAUUUUUGUAACUGCAAAAAAAAAAACCAAACCUGGUCUUUAGCGUGUACAGCAAAAAAUGGAGUAUGGCAAAUAUUAGGGCUGUGUUUCCACCUCUGCGGCAGUCAAUUCCAGGUGCACUACAUACCCCUCCAGGUGAAAGCAAACCAUGACCUGCACUCUGCUGUUAAAGGGAUCAGGAAGAACAUGUUACAGGUAUCAGUUGUAGAAGAUUGCUUGGCUGUCUUUGACUCCAGUUCAUACUGGAGUUCUAGCAUGUGCCGUACAGCAACACUCAGCAGCAGUAUGACUUCAUUGCAACCAUGAUAGUCCACUGUUAGCCUCCAAAAUAAAUCAUUCUUAAAUAGGCUACUAUUCAAGUUUCUCUUUUCAUUUAUCACUUGUAAAUUCUUAUGUGAGCUGUUGGCACAUGCACUUUUGGCAGUGUAUGAGUCGUCCAAUAGAUGGCUGUGUAGAGUCCUUGCAAAAAACAUAACCAGAUAUUACUGACUGCUUAGUACAAACCUUUACAUUUCCAUUAUUUUAUUCUGUUUCUGUAUCUGAAUCCCUCUGUCAGUUUCUGCAAAAUCAAUCAAUGGGAUAUGAAAGACUUCCUUAACAUAAUCACAAAGCUCUCCUUAGGAAGUAAGCCUAAUCCAGAUUGUCUUUCCCUCCUAUAGAAGAAGAAUUAAACCUAUGUUGUUGUCAAAAACAGCAUUGUGAACAGCCAAUUUGUUAUUUAAUACUUUUAGGAACAUUAACCUUUCUAAAGAUUUUUAUUUCAUUCAUGGAGAACAGGACCAGUCUGGUUCUGCUCAGAAUUUAAAAAGAUUAUGUAUUGUGAAACACCUUUUCACGCAUGCACUUAUACUCCAGAUUAAGAAUGGAAGAAUGUAAUAUUUGUAAAUUAGAGUUAUUGAAUAUAUGUAUGAUAUGUUAUAAUGCCAUUUAUUUGAUAGGUGAAGCUAAUGGCUAGCUUUCUUCAGAGAUUAAAGAUUUGUUUUUCUGUUUGCUGAUUUUAUGAUUACCUAGGAUCUGGGUUUUGUUUCUCCUCUUCUUGUUUUGCCACUGGCUUAGCUUGGUCAGAGCUGUAUCAAUGUGGGAGUGACAUUUCAGAGUAUUUGGAAUUGAACAAAAAGCUUACCAUAUCCGUAAACGAAGCUGGCAUAGACUGUGUCAAGUUCUGCUGUCACAGAAAACACAGAGAUGAGUCUCUCUUGUUCUAAAAUAUUUACGCAAGUGUUCAGAUUGCAGUUUGUUGUUUUUUUUUUUUAAUUCUUCAUACUGAAAUCUGUGAAAAAAGAGUCUUGUGGAUCCUGAAAGAUUCACAAGAGUGUUUUAUGGCCAGUUUGACCACUUCCACUCUGGAAAUUGUUUCAGAAAAUCACCUGUUUCAGAAAAUAGGAUUAGGUUUGUAAAGGAUGCAACUGAUUAGAGUGAUUGAUCACUGGUUUGUCUUUUGGGUUGUCUUCCUGUGGUUAUAUGUUUUAUUUAUUUUACCACCAUGCUAAAUCAAAGUCUUAAUUCUAACUCAAAAUCAGAUAUAGGAUGAUUUCAUAGUCUAUCAAGUAGCAGUACUGGUCUAUCAAGUAGCAGUACUGCUCUAGCAAUGGAAUACGAAGAUUGCAACCCAUAGUUAGGGUGAAGACAUUAAAUCUGUGUACAGGCAUCUCUGGAAUAGGUGUUACAGCAUGUCUGAUGAAAGAAUUAUUCUUUGUUUCAAAAUAAAGCUCUUGUAAACUAGCAUAGAUAGCAACAAAAGAUGCAGCAAGAAUAUACAGGAGGAAAGAGUUACCUGAUUCUUUUGAUUCUAAAGAUAAGAAGUAAGUGCGUGCUUCCCACACAUUUUAUAUCAUGAUUUGUCUAUGCUUAAACGUUAUUUGGUUUUAUUAUAAUUGGAGGCAUAAUGAUAAUACAAUGGGUGUAACCUACAACUUGUCACAUACAUUGUAUGAGAAUAUUUGAAUUAUAUUAUCUACAAUUGUGUCUGCUUAAUAACAAUUUUGCUUGUCAAGCAUGUCACUCUAUUGUGAAACAAAAGUGCUUUGUUGUUGUGAUGACAUGUACAGACUUACAUGGCAGCUUAGAAUAAAGAAUAUCAUGGCUACACACAUAUUAAGAAGCCAUGUGAGUCCGCUAUACUGGACAUGACCUUUCUUCUUACCAUUUGCCUGGUAAUUCUGGUUUGGCAAAGAGGAUUUUAAUUGCUGGAAUUGUCCAAGAAUUGCUGCUGUGUCUCCAUACCUAAUUCUUAACCAGUGUGUUGUACUGCAAAAGCUGUAUUUUACAUGGGCAAAACACACCUUCUAGGCAAAACUAAGAAUUUAUUAUUACUCUAAUUGCAAUCUUAAUGGUCAAACCGAAGAAAUACUAUCAAUACAGUUAAAGUUAUUUUCCUCAUACUUCCUAGUAUCCAUCCCUUUUUCCCUGGUGUUAUGCUUACCCUUUUACCUGCUGCAUACAAAGACAACGGCUUCCAUCUGAGAAAGUGUUACAGUGAGUUACCAUCACCAUAGGUCUUAUGCUUGGGGAAGUAUAAUGGGUGGUGCGGGGCUCUCUGCUCAUAUUGGGUCCACUUGCAGUGAUUUUUAAUAUGUUUUCUAGACCAGUCUACAAAUUAUUCAUUCUUCAUUGGUUUCCAUUUCAAUAUUACAGCUGAAUUUACUAUAUAUGGUGUGUUUCACAAUUGCUGGAUGCUUCUUGAAUACUGUCAUCCCAUACCCGUGAUCCUCUUUGCUACAUUUUUAAUCUAGGGUCUGGAUUGUUUAUCCUAUCACAGCCAAGCUGAAAUGGAAACAUAUUAAGUGACCUUUGUCUGAUUGUUUAACAAUUACUGUUACAGAUAAGCUAGAACAAAGCUUUAGGCUAGCACAGACAAGUCUAGAUAAAGGAAGCCCUACAAGCCCAAGUCUUGAGGUCUUGCAGAUUUAGUACAACCCUUGUGACAUGUUCCUAACAGUGGCAAUAGCAUAUUUCUUGGAAUAUAGGUGUGCAAUACUUAAUGAGACUUUUUAGAAGUCUGGAGCUAGGAUUUCCUCAUCUGUCUAACUUACAGGUCCUGAGAAUAUUAUUUUUAAGAUUUCUCCUCUGUUUUAAUUUACUUUGUUCCCUGGUCCAUGGGAUUUUCCUGCAGUUGUGCAUUAUGUGUGUGUGGCAGGAUGCAAAACCCUCUCUCUCCCCCUCUCUCUCCCUCCCUCCUUCAUCAUGGAAGGAGUAGGCACAUCUCCCUCUCUCUCUGCUGUUUGAGGCUAACAGCUUCUUUUGUUUGGCCCCAGAGCCCCUGGCCAGGGCCACUAGGAGAAGGGAGCGCCGAGGCCCAAGUGAGCCGCUGGGCGCCUGCGGCCGGUAUGGGGGAUGUUUGGAAGCUUCAGGGGCACCCCCACAGCCAGGGUGGGGGUGCAGAGAAGCUUCUGGAAUGCCUACAGUCAGAUCUGAUCAGCCAAUAGAAAACGGGACUCUCGUCGAUUCUCCGCCCAUUGUCACGGGUCUCUUGGAGCAGGAGCGAGAUGCUGCCUCCGAGAGCCCCCCGGGGGAUGGAGACUCCGCCUCUCUUGACGCCACGUAUCCGAUCAACAACUUAUCCUUACACAGAAACCCAGAUGUACAGCCAAAACACUGGGGGAAAUUAUUUUGAUACUCAAGGAAGUUCUGCACAGGUGACAACAGUGGUCUCGUCUCAUAGCAUGGUGGGCACUGGAGGGAUUCAGAUGGGUGUCACAGGUGGACAACUCAUUAGCAGCUCAGGAGGGACCUAUCUGAUUGGCAAUUCAAUGGAAAAUUCUGGUCAUUCAGUGACUCAUACAACGCGGGCCUCCCCAGCGACAAUUGAAAUGGCGAUUGAGACACUGCAAAAGUCUGAUGGUCUGUCCACUCACAGAAGCUCUCUUCUCAACAGCCAUCUUCAGUGGCUUUUAGACAACUAUGAAACUGCAGAAGGAGUGAGCCUUCCAAGAAGUACCCUUUACAACCAUUACUUGCGACACUGUCAGGAACACAAGUUGGAUCCAGUCAAUGCUGCCUCCUUUGGAAAACUCAUACGGUCAAUCUUCAUGGGGUUACGGACCAGAAGGCUUGGAACUAGGGGAAACUCCAAAUAUCAUUACUAUGGGAUUCGUGUCAAGCCAGACUCUCCUCUUAAUCGACUACAAGAGGACAUGCAAUAUAUGGCUAUGAGACAGCAGCCCAUGCAGCAGAAACAGAGGUAUAAGCCUAUGCAGAAAGUGGAUGGAGUUGCAGAUGGCUUCACAGGAAGUGGUCAACAGACAGGCACAUCUGUUGAACAAACUGUAAUUGCCCAAAGUCAACAUCAUCAACAGUUUUUAGAUGCAUCUCGAGUACUUCCAGAGUUUGGAGAAGUUGAAAUAUCUUCUCUACCAGAUGGUACUACCUUUGAGGACAUCAAAUCGCUGCAGAGUCUUUAUCGAGAGCACUGUGAGGCUAUACUGGAUGUGGUUGUGAAUCUUCAGUUCAGCCUGAUAGAAAAAUUGUGGCAAACUUUCUGGCGCUACUCUCCCUCUGCUCCACCUGAUGGCACUACUGUUACUGAACCAAGCAAUCUGAGUGAAAUAGAAAGUCGACUUCCAAAAGCAAAGCUGAUUACUCUGUGCAAGAAUGAGUCUAUUCUGAAAUGGAUGUGUAACUGUGACCAUGUGAUGUACCAGGCUUUGGUGGAGAUUCUCAUUCCUGACGUCCUUAGACCUAUUCCUAGUGCCUUGACCCAAGCCAUUCGCAAUUUUGCAAAAAGCCUUGAAGGUUGGCUUUCAAAUGCCAUGAACAAUAUUCCACAGAGGAUGAUACAAACCAAGGUUGCCGCUGUAAGUGCCUUUGCCCAGACUCUGCGAAGAUACACAUCUCUUAAUCACCUGGCUCAAGCAGCUCGUGCUGUGCUUCAAAAUACUUCUCAAAUCAACCAGAUGCUCAAUGAUCUUAACCGUGUUGAUUUUGCCAAUGUUCAGGAGCAGGCUUCCUGGGUGUGCCAGUGUGACGACAACAUGGUUCAGAGACUAGAAACAGAUUUCAAGAUGACUCUUCAACAGCAGAGCACGCUGGAGCAGUGGGCUGCCUGGCUUGAUAAUGUAAUGAUGCAAGCGUUGAAACCAUAUGAAGGAAGACCUAGCUUUCCUAAAGCAGCACGGCAAUUUCUGUUAAAAUGGUCUUUCUACAGCUCAAUGGUGAUUCGAGAUUUAACCUUGCGCAGUGCUGCUAGCUUUGGCUCUUUUCAUCUGAUCCGCUUGCUUUACGAUGAAUACAUGUUUUACUUAGUAGAACAUCGUGUUGCUCAGGCAACAGGAGAGACACCUAUUGCAGUUAUGGGAGAGUUUGGUGAUUUAAAUGCUGUGUCCCCUGGAAAUAUAGAUAAAGAUGAGGGCAGUGAAGUCGAAAGUGAAAUAGAUGAAGAGCUGGAUGAAAACGGAGAGCCACAAGCCAAGAGGGAGAAAACUGAGCUAAACCAGGCGUUCCAGGUGGGCUGCAUGCAGCCAGUGCUUGAGAGUGGAGUGCAGCAGAACCUCCUGAACCCAAUUCAUAAUGAGCACAUUGUUGCAACUACUCAGACUAUCAGACAGUGCAGUGCUACUGGAAAUACAUAUACUGCAGUCUAAUAUGAAACCUCCUCCCUUGCCCCUGACACACCCCAUGACAUUAGCCCUUUCGGUUUAAUAUGAAAAAAAAUAAAGAUCAUAACUUUGAAGGUUGACUGUUGUCAAAUUUUAGCUGUGCUGAACGUUAUUUUAUUGGAGCUGUUAAACGGAAUGGGUGUAUGUAUUUUGCCAGAUCUGUUUAAAAAAAUGAGAAUUUUUUUUUUUUGUAAACAGAAUAAUUUCACAUUGGCCGCUCAAUAUGAAGAGUUUUCUUAGUAUCAAAUGCAAGUAAGAUAUUUGCAAAGCUUAAUGUUAAUGUUUUGUCCUCUUAUAAUAAUUUAAUUUUUUUCACAGUUUUAAAAAAUAUUUUACUGUUAAUUAUUAGUUAUGGUGAUGAUUUCAUAUAAAUAGGUUUGUAUGUAGGUGCACUUCUGUGAAAUAUCAAAAGAAGUAUUUUCUUUGAUUUACACUGGAGGCAUACUUGUUUGACAGCAGAUGUAUCAAAUUUGUUAUAAAAGGUGCUUUUCAUUGGACAACUAGAAGACACUAUUUUGAUAAAAUUGUGAGCAUUCAUGGGGAUUUUUAUAAUAAUUCUGGAGAGUUGGGAAGAUCUAGUUUCUUUCUGUGAGAAAGAAACGAGUUUAACUGACAGAAUAGUAAAGGAAUGUGGUAAUGUGUACAUCAUAAACAUACCUAAUUAUCUGACCAUCAUGUAAACAAUGCAAGCUUCCUAUAAAAUCAGCAAUUCCAGGUAUUAUUUGCAUACCAGUUCCUCUGUUUUGAAGACUACUGAUUUUAUAUGUUGGGCCACUGAACAGGUGCUUUAGGCUGUUGAGUGGUACUGUAGUUGUUAGAAACUGAAGCUAAAAAAGAAGUGACUUGAUUAUUAUUAUUAUUAUUAUUAAUUUUACGUGUACGUGCUACUUAUGCUGAACUGGACAUACAGGAAAACAUUCCAUUUGGAUGACUUUCUUCUAUUCCAGGUCUUUCCUACUAGUGGUUCAAUCUGCUGCUCUUAGAAAAGAUGAUUUAUAGAAUGCAAGGAAUGUAGCAACCCUGCAUCAUUUUCCUUUCAAAAAUAUUUCCUUGUUGUUAAAGUGGAUUUAAAUUUUUACAGAAAUUAGAUAAGGCAGUGUAACUGGCACACCUCACUUGUACUUAUUCCCAAUUGUGUAGAAUUUGAAUAGGUGGCUAGAUGGACCAUUGCCAUUUAAGAAUGUACAUCAGGGAUCAUUGUACCUCGGCUAUUACAUGGUGCCUUAAACAGAACUGAAGCUAAGACUUAGUACUUUUUGUUAUUCUUAACUCUUAAAUUAAUUCAACAGGUGUGCCUGUCAUUUUCAAAUUCCCUAAGAAGUAAGGACAGGUUACAUAGCCUUCAAAAGAAUAAAAGGAUUUUUUUAUUAUUAAAUGAUUUUAAUAUCCCUCUUAGAAUGACAAUAAACCUAUUUUUUCUCAUUUCUAGCUGGAUUUCACUUUAUUACAAAUAAAAUUUGCUUGAGAAUUUGGAAAGCAAAACUAGCUUUAAUACCAACUUCAAAUGUCAAAAUAGAUUGACCAUAGUCCUAAGCAUGGUUAUGUAUUUUCUAAACCCUUGCCUACUUUUAAUUUUAAAAACUAAAAAGAAAUAAAUGAGCAGGUACAUAACGCAGUGCAUGUUUUCAAUUUCUAUAUUUUGUGAGGUAUCAGCCAGAUUUGCAUUUUAAUUAUGAAGUAAUGACAGUUUAUAGAGACCAUAUUAAUUGACAUUAAACAACUCAAUUUUUUCUUCUUAAACAUUUCAUUAUGCAGACACAUUAAUUUGCUACACUAAAGUAGUGGAGUUAAAUAAGAUAAAAAGCCAAAAAGUGAAGGAGAGCACAAAAAGAUCAACUUUAUAGAAAAGACUGUGUAAGAAAAUUAGGGCUUUUAUUUUGGUUUAUCUAGUGUGUCUGAAAAUGACUUUACAGUCAUAUAUACCAAAUGGGAGAAAAGCAUGUAAAACAAACAGCAUAUUUAGAGCAGACAAGUUUGUUGCUAGAGUUUACAUAUGCUCAAAAUACAGCUGCACAUUAACUAAAAUGUCCUAACAUUAUUGGUGUACAAAAUUAAAUUUUCAUUCCUUUGCAGAAUUAGGAGGUGAACCCAUUCUGCUCAUUCUAUGUAGGUUUAAUUCCUACUGAUGUCAGUAGAUGGCUUUUGCCCCAGUUAAAAGUGAAAGUGAGGUUUAUAUUCAAUAUUUCUAAACUCAUAAAUGCACUGAAUCUCAUUAUAAGUUUUGUUCUCACAUAUAUUGCUCAAAUGUGUCCUGAUUUUUCCUUGGAAAUCAGCACAUCUGUACCCUUCACCAAAAAUGCUAAAACUAAGCUGUGAUAAAUAUUUACUCCCCUUCAUUGUGCAUUAUAAGAUGUUUACAAGUAAAAUAAAGUGAAAUAAUUCAACAUUUUUUUCAUUUUCAGCUUUUUUUAAUACUGUAGUACUUGUUUAAUUUUUGUGUUGAUGGAACUAUAAUGUUUUCUUAUUAUUGUCCUUUCUUGGUUUAAUGUUGGAUUUGUUGUUGCUGAGAACGAUUGUAAUAGGCAAAUCUAGAUUGCCAAAAGAGGUGGGACCUGAGUAUCUUUCAUUAUUUAGCUCCACGCUCCACUCAGUUGUUCACUGCUUACAAAGUGCAAAACAAAACUGAACAAAAAUCUGAAUACAAAAAUGGAAUGUAUUUCACAGCUUCUAAUAAAAUAAGUUAUCAAAACAUGUUGGAACUAUCCCAGGUUCAGAAAACUGAAUGGAGUUUGUAUUCCUAUGCUUAAAUUCUAAAGAUUUUACCAGAUUUUUUUAGAACAACUAUGUUACUGUAAGCUGUGUUGUGUACUUACAGUUUUUGGGGGUCUUCUCUUUUGGUUUUACAUUUACUGACAUUUUAAUCAAACACUUAGAUAAAAUAUUUUGCACACUCUUGCUACUUAAUAGUUGGGUUCUAGUAAUCAUUGAACUACAGAGAUACAAAUACCUCAGGCCAUAUUCUAUAAUGUGUAGCAUGUGGUUGCAUUGCUGCACCAACUCUGAAGUCUGUUUAUUGUUAGUGCUCUGGAGAGGUGUAGUGUGUAACCACAGGGUAGACAUUAGGAGAGUUGAUAUGGUUUAUGUGUUUUAUCUAAUCUUGACACAGAAUCUGAAACAGUGGUUUUAGAGGCAUUUUCCCCAUUAGCACAAAUAACACAGUGAACAGUGUGGGGAAAUGGGUGUUGUUGAACUACCUUUUCAGAACACAGGGCCCAAUUUUCAAAAGUUAUAUGUUUAUUAAAAUUUGUUGAUAGAUUUUCAUAUUUCUCAUGGUAAAUCAGUUUUAAAGCUUUCAUUAUUUCUGUGUUUUGCUUUUGUACUGUAGCAUGCUCUAAGCACCUUCUCUAAAAAAAAAAAAAAAGUUCCAUACAAAUUUGGAAAAUAGAUUUUAAAUUAUUUACCUAUAAAUACAUGAUUCACAGCAUUACUGCCUUUAGUUAAAAAAUAAGAAAAUAGAUAAUAUUCUGUUAUUCCGGAAUGUAUAGGUCUAUAUACAAAUUUAAUUUAAAACGAGGUAUUUUUAAACAUCUAAACCACUUCUUUUGCUCACCUUUGUUUUCAUUCUGAUAUCUUUGGCAUUCACACCAUCUGCACUGUCUAGAAAAAAAUUUUAAUAGAGAUGCACUACACUCCAAUUUAAUUCAGAAUUUUUCACCAAAAUAGAAACAACCAUUAAUAGCCAUAAAAGAGCUGAUGAAAAAUAGAUAAGCAUACAACAAUAAUUGUAGAGUUUAAGACAUUAAAUUAAGAGAGCCGUAUGAAUUUCUGAAAAUUGGGCCCUUGUAUCUCUAACAGGACAUCCUCUUUGUAUAUGGUUUGAAACAAAUCAAUAAUGGAAUUCUAGUAUCUCUGAUAAUUCAUUUGGUGAUUAUAGACAAACAAAUAAUAAAAACUGGAAUAGAAGCAUAAACAUGCAGUGCUUAGUUCUAGUAUUAGAGAAUUAAUUUGAUAUAAUGCCUUGCAUUAACCCUUUGAGCAUUGUAAGUAACAUAAUGGGAACAAAGCUUUUUAGAUAAUUUAAUUAGUCCAUUGAAGAUAUACUUUGAAAUAGCUGAUAGUGUUGUAGAUUUUUUUAAAAUUAUUUCUAAAGUAAAUACUUGCAUACUAUACGGGAAUGGUUUUGUUAUAGGAGGCUCAAUAGAUGUAGGCAAAAUAUUCACUGCCAUUGAUGUAGUACUGUCCAAUAGAAAAUGGUACUUCAGCUUCCUUGUUUUGUUAAUUUCAUAAAUACAUUAAGAAAAACAAGCAUAUGUUUCUAUAGACAUGAAGUUGUCUACUUUAAUAUGCCUUUAGAAUAUAAAGGUUUAGAAAAUAUAUUCAGACUUUUGAAAAUCUGAGGUAGGUUAGUAUAGGAAUACUGUGGUACUGUAAAAGAGAAUCUUAAGACUUGGAAGAAGGCUUAGUGAAAAAAAAUAAAUUUUGCAGAAUAUUUGGUAUGUUUGCAUUGAAGUUUUUGGCAAUGUUUUUGAUAAGAACAAAAAUUGCAUUAUUAUAUUGAUAUUCCUUUUAAAACUCCAUCACUGCAAUAAUAACUAGCUAAAAGAUGAAUGUUUUAUUCAUCUACAGGGGCACAGUUUGGAUGGCCCUUAUUGAAUGUCAGAAUUUUAAAAACAACUUAAAAAUUGCACAAGCCUUUUGCCAUUUUAAAAAGCCCCUUUGUUCUUACAAACACUGCUUACAAGAACAAGGGGACAAGUGUAGUAGCAAGUAGAUAUUCUUUGAACUUAAAGAUAGAAAUGCCACCUUACUAAAUGAGAGUACAAUACAUUUUCUACUGAUUUCUUGCAAUAUCAAUCAGUCAGCAAACACUAAGUGCAGCUGUGCUUACUUAAGUCUAGCUGAGGACAAAAAAAAGGGUCUCUUUAAGUUAUUUAAUGGAAUUACGUCAGUAGUAUAGUGCAAGUAAGUUGUAAACAUUUUUAGUCAGUUAAUGCAAAUUCAUGCAUAAUUAAUUAACAUAAAUGCAAUACUCAAAGGGUUUUAAUUUAACAACUUUUUUUAUUCAUAAUUUAUUGUAAAUGCUUCUGAGUUUGCAUGCCUUGAUCAUUGCUGCUAGUGAUUUUAUGUGCCAGUAGACCUGAGUUUAAUUUACCAGUUUACGUAAGAAAUAGUAAAAGCCACUUACAAAGUGACUGCCUAGUGUUUCUUUGAAGUAAAAUAUGCCUUAGUUUGAAAACUAUCAUUUUAACUCUUGUUUAUUCUGAUUUUUUUUUCCCUUUUCCUGUUGAAAAACUAAAUUAGCAUUUUGGGAUUGGAAGCCCUGAGUAGUUAAAUAUUUGGUAAGAAUUGUUCUUGUAAAUUGCUCAUUAAGGCUGAAAUUCGCUGUAGGGAUGAAGGCCCAGAACAAGCCUGUGAGCAUCAAAUGAGCCUCACUUAAAUCUAAAUCAGGAAAACGUUCUUUGGUUGUUCUUAAGCACUUUCUUGGUUAUUGUGCAAAACAUCUUACAGCAGUUUUCAGUUCUGGAUGGAUUUUACUCUGAAAUAAUGAACGUCUUUGUAAGAGGAAUUUAGACUUCAGAGGAACAACCUUGUGUGGAUUGAUAUUUACCAGGAACUCAGCUCAAUUCUUUUUGACUCACUGAUACCAGCAAGAGCUUUUUACACAAAGAAUACUUAAAUGGUUCCCCAAGUUUUCUUCAGUACAAUAUUUGAAGUUAUUGCCUUGUAUUUAAACAUUAAAUAUCCAUCUUUAACCCAAUUAAACAAUUUAAAAUAUGCUAGGAAAAUAUCACUUUGUACCAAAGCAAGUUGCCCAUCUCCACUCAUCUUCACUAAAAAUUUGGAUUUACAGUUAAUAACCAAUGAGGCUGUUAAAGAAACUUUGAGUGCCUUUCAAAAACUUGGAAAGUUGUGCCUAAGGUGGUAAACUUUAAUUAGGUUAAUUCUAGAGCUACCAAUCAGUGAUUUUGCCAUCACUCAGGGCUUUCUUACCUUCUAGAAAACUUCCUUUGUUGCGUUUGUUUUAUACUGUAUUUUUUUUAGGUGCCAUCAUUUAAAUUUCACUUAGUAAGUGGCAGAUUACAUUAUUCAGUCCCACAGCACAGAAACAUCGUAACACUAGGACAUAUUCAAACUUUUAUUUUCCAGUUGACUGAAUAUAUUAUGUAAAUGAGGUAAGCAACUUUUGUAGAUUGUAUGUGUGAGAUAAUGUAAUGUUCUUUUCCAGUUUUUGGACUACAGUUGAAUAUACUUUUUAAUUAUUUAAAGAAGACAUCUUUACAGAAUAACGUGAUGGUUUUUUUGUAUAAUGUAUUUGAUUUUGUAAAUACGUAUUUCCUGAUGUGAUUUUUGUGAGAAAUGCUAAAUCUUUUAGUAUAUCAUGUCCUCUCAAAACUGCAGGAGCGAAAUAAUAGUUUGUGGGCAAUUUGUAUUGUGUACUGUACAAUAACUGGGGAACUUUUAUAAUUAUAAAAAUAUAUAUUAACUUUUAGUGUGUUGUUUAAAAAAAUGACUGGAACAUACUAAAGACAGUAGGAUUUUUCUGAAUAUUUCAGACUUGAACUCAGGCUAGCUUUCUUGUGUUUUUCAAAACGAAAUUGUGUCUUGUCUUUUAAAAUCAAUAAAUUUGUUUUCUUGUUACAAACA